AUGUUGGCGGUGGCCGAGUCUAUGCUCAACCCGGACGGCAGCAGCACCACUUCUUCCGCCGCCGGCGACGCGACGGCGCCGAAGAGGCCGCUCCGCGAAUCGCUGUCCAGCGCCAACAACGAGCGCAGCUCCCGGUCUUCGGCCGGCGACAGCGUCGACAAGUCGCAGCCGCUUCAGCAGCAGGUGCCGCCGGUGACACCGGCGACCUCCAAGCUGUCGGGGCAGGAGCAGGACGCGGUCGUUGCGAAGAUUCGGUCUGCGGCGAAGAGGUCUGCGUCUCCGGAGAAGAAGCUGCCGUACCAGGACGACGACACGCCCAACACCAAGGGCGCUCGCCUCAAGAAGGAGAUGGAGGACCGCCUUGCCAGGCAGAAGGCGGCGAAGAAGCAGCAGCAGCAGCCCGCCCCAGCCGCCGCUUCGACCGAGGCCGAGUCGCUCCCGACGCCCGUCACCCCGCCGUCGCUCCGCCCCCCGGUGCCCUCCAGCCCGGCCCCGAUGCCCCCGGCCUCGCCGCCCCGCGCCGCGCAGUCCCCCCCCCCCCACCAGGGG